AUGUGUUUUACUCGAGGAAGACCACGACAUCCACAAUCACAAGGUUGUAUAGAACGUGCUAAUGGUGUUUUAAGUAUUACCUUAGGAAAAUGGCUUGAUAUAAAUCAUUCAACUCAUUGGUCAGAUGGUCUUCUCUCAGUUGUUUACGUUAUAAAUACUAGAGUUUCAUCAACAACAAAAACAACACCUUAUGAAACAAUGUCUGGGACAAAAACCACGCUCAAAUUUUGGUUUUUGGAAAAUCGUUAUACAACGAGGUUGCUUCAGUCAAACAGUUUUCCUUGGACAAGACAUGAAAAAGGUAAAAAUAAUUUUUGA